AUGAAUUGUCUCUCUUUUUAUGUUAAUGGUAAAGAAAUUAUUGAUGGUAAUAUUGAACCCGAAUGGACUCUUCUUUGGUAUCUAAGAAAUAAAUUAAGAUUAACCGGUUCGAAAUUAGGUUGUGGAGAAGGUGGUUGUGGAGCUUGUACAGUUCUCAUUUCGAGAUAUAUUGGGGGAGAAUCUGAUGAAAUUGAACAUCGUACGAUAAAUGCCUGUUUGGCACCGUUGUGUUCUGUUGAUGGAUGUCAUGUAAUCACUGUUGAAGGAUUAGGUUCAGCUGACAAAUCAAAUCUUCAUAAAGCUCAAACUCGUCUUGCUGAAUUAUCUGGUUCACAAUGUGGAUUUUGUACACCAGGCAUGGUCAUGUCUCUUUAUGGUACUCUUACAUCAAAAAAUGAUUUAUUACCAACAAUGCAAGAUAUUGAAGAAGCUUUUGAUGGAAAUCUUUGUCGAUGUACCGGAUAUCGUCCAAUUCUUGAUGCUGCAAAAACAUUUGCAAGUGAUAUAGAUAAAAUUCAUUAUGAAAAAUCGUCAUCAUCAACAACAUCAACUACAAUGGAUAAAUGUUUGUCAUAUGUUCAAAAAAAUUCAUUAAAAAUUGAUCAAGUCGAAUUUCCUUCAAAACUUCGAAAUUAUAUUCCUCAAUCAAUUCAUAUUAAAGGUUCUUCGAUUGAUUGGUAUCGUCCAAUAUCACUUAAUGAAUUACUUCAUCUUCGUCAUACAUAUCCAGGUGAUCAAUCAAAACUUGUUUUUGGUAAUACAACAGUACAAAUAGAAAGAAAAUUUCAACAAAUAAAUUAUCCUCGUCUUAUUGCAAUUACACAUAUUAAAGAAUUACAAGAAAUAAAACGAACUAAAGAUUCCAUAUAUCUUGGAGCUGGUGUAACAUUUACACGUUUAAAAGCCAAGUUAAUUGAAUUGAAUGAUAAUAAUAAUAAUGGUUUCUGUCAAGCUUUACUUGAUCAAUUGAAACAUUUUGCAUCAACACAAAUACGAAAUGUUGCUUCACUUGGUGGAAAUAUAAUUGCUGCUUCUCCUAUUUCUGAUAUCAAUCCAGUAUUAGUAGCUGCAGAUGCAACACUUGAAUUGCAUCGUGCUGAUAAUACUAAAGUACGACACAUUUCAUUAUGCGAUUUUUUUCUUGGUGAUCGUCGUGUAUCAAUGGCAGAUUAUGAAAUUCUUGUUGGUAUUCAUAUUCCUCUUGUAAAAUCAUCAAAUAAAUAUUUUCUUCGAUCAUAUAAACAAGCUAGUCGUCGAGAUGAUUCAAAAGGAAUUGUUAGUGCUGGAUUUAAAGUUCAACUUGAACAGUCGAAUUUAGUCAAUGAUCAAUGGAAAAUUGUUUCAGCUUGUUUUUCAUUUGGUGGAAUGGCAUCAAAAACAAUUCAAGCAAUAAAUACUCAACAACAAUUAAUUGGAUUAUCUUGGACAAAAGAAACAAUUAAUAAAACAUGUGAAUUACUUCUUAAAGAAAUGCCACUUGAUGAAUUAAGUCUAGGUGGUCAACUUGAAUACAGACGAACAUUAGUUCAAUCAUUUCUUUUCAAAUUUUAUUCAUAUGUAUGUAAUGAAUUACAUCAACCAUUAAUCGAUUCAAGUAUUCUUUCUUAUCAUCGACCAAUAUCUCAUGGACAACAAACAAUACCUGAACAACCUCAAUCACAGAAAUUUGUUGGUAGUUCAUUACCACAUCGAUCAGCUUAUUUACAUACUACUGGAGAGGCUAUAUAUGUUGAUGACAUGUCAUUUUUAUUCAAUACACUUCAUGCUGCACUUGUACUUAGUACAAAACCAAAUGCUCGAAUUAAACAUAUCGAUAUUGAUGAUGCUUCCAAAGUGCCUGGUUUUGUAUCAUUUGUCAAUUAUCUCGAUGUACCUGGUUCGAAUAAGACAAAUGGUAUAUUAUCCGAUGAAGAAGUAUUUGUGUCAUCAGUUGCACUUUGUAUUGGUGCAAUAAUUGGUGUUGUUGUUUGUGAAACAGAACAUGCAGCUCAAAUAGCUUCAAAUCUUAUUAAAAUUGAUUAUGAAUUAUUAUCUCCAACAAUUUUAACAAUUGAAGAUGCUAUUAAUCAUCAAUCUUAUUUUGGUGAUGAAAUAUGUCUUCAAAAAGGUGAUGUUGAAAAAUCUUUUGUUGAUGCUGAACAUACAUUAGAAGAUACAAUUUAUAUCGGUGGUCAAGAACAUUUUUAUAUGGAAACACAUUCUUGUAUUGUUAUACCAUCACAUGACGAUAAAGAAAUAACAUUGUAUUUGGGAACUCAAAGUGCUAGUGCCAUACAAGAAUUAACCGCAUUAGUUCUCGGUCGAGAUGUUAGUCAUAUAACGUGUCAUGUAAAACGAGUUGGUGGAGCAUUUGGUGGUAAGGAAUCAAGAUCUUUUCCUUAUUGUCUUGCUAUUGCAGUAGCUGCUGUUAAAAUCAAUCGUCCUGUUCGUCUUAAUCUUGAACGUCACGUUGAUAUAUCUAUAACUGGACAUCGACAUCCAUAUAAAAUAAAAUAUAAAGUAGCGUUUACUAAUGAAGGUCAUUUUUUGGGACUUGAUAUUCAAAUGUGGAAUAAUGGUGGUUGUACAUUGGAUGCAUCAAGAGCUGUAAUGGAACUCUCUAUGCUUCAUGUAGGUAAUACUUAUCAAUUUCCUAAUAUUAAAAUUCGUGGUCGUGUUUGUAAAACACAUAUACCAUCAAAUACUGCUUUUCGUGGUUUCGGUGGGCCACAAGCAAUGUUAGCUUGUGAAACAGUUGUUGAACAUGUUGCUGCAUAUCUUAAACGUGAUUCAUUUACUAUUCGUCGUCUUAAUCUAUUUAAAGAAGGCGAUACAACUCAUUAUGGACAAAUUUUAGAAUUAUGGAAUGUUCCUCGAAUUUUAGAUGAACUUAGUAAAUCAAGUGAUUUUAUUCAAAGACAAACGAAUGUUGAUGAAUUUAAUCAUCAAAAUACUUAUCGAAAACGUGGUAUAUCGUUGAUACCGGUUAAAUUUGGUAUUGGAGGUUUAUUUAAAUGUUUUAACCAAGCAGGAGCCCUUGUUCAUAUUUACACAGAUGGGUCCGUGAUAGUCACUCAUGGAGGUGUGGAAGUAGGUCAAGGUCUUCAUACAAAAAUGAUAUCAAUAGCUGCUGAAGUAUUAGGUUGUAGUAUUGAUAAGAUACGAAUUAGUGAAACAGCAACAGAUAAGGUACCUAAUAUGAGUGCAACAGGUGGAUCGGUUUCGUCGGAUCUUAAUGGAAUGGCUGUAAAACAUGCUUGUGAACAACUUCGUCAACGAUUAGAUACACUCAUUGUUGAUAAUAAUGUCAAUAUUUCAUGGGAGGAUCUUGUAAAACAAGCUUAUUUGACUCGUCUUGAUCUAUGUGCACGUGGAUUUUAUGCAACACCAAAUAUCUUUGAUUAUGAUUUUACUAAAAAUCAAGCUGCUUACAAUUAUUUUACACAAGGUGCAGCAGUAACUGAAGUUGAAUUAGAUGUAUUAACAGGAGAUUGGCAUCUUUUACGUGUUGAUAUUCUUAUGGAUGUUGGUUCAUCACUCAAUCCUCAAAUUGAUGUUGGUCAAAUUGAAGGUAGUUUUAUGCAAGGAAUUGGUUUAUAUACUAUGGAGGAACUCAUCUGGGGUGAUCAUACACAGAAUAAAUGGAUUCAACCAGGACAGUUAUACACUUGUGGAGUUGAUACUUAUAAGAUUCCAUCGUUUAACGAUGUUCCAAUCGAUUUUCGUGUUUCACUUCUAUCGGAUUCAUUGAAUCCACGAGCUAUUUAUUCAUCAAAAGGUAUUGGUGAACCACCAUUGCUACUUGGUAGUUCGGCUUUCUUUGCCUUAAAACAAGCAUGCAUGGCCUAUCGAGAACAACAAGGCUUAUCAGACUAUUUUACACUUCAUUCUCCGGCAACUGUCGAGCGACUUCGUAUGGCUUGUACCGAUGAAUUUACUCGUCGUGUAUGUCCUGAUGAAUAUGAAACAUUACCACCGAGAGGCUCUUAUUGA